AUGGCUUGGAGACGCAAUUUAGACAGACUUCCUACGAAAGUAAAUUUAAGAAGAAGGAAUGUGGAUAUUCCCUCGGUCAUGUGUCCCUUAUGCGGGGAUUACGAGGAGACGGUGGACCAUUUAUUCACUACAUGCUCGGUGGCUAUUCGGGUUUGGACGGCUUUCGGUACUUGGUGCAACAUCCCACCGCUUUUCUUUUUUGAGUUCAAAGACAUUUUAGAAAUCCACAAGCUCAUAAAAAGUGAUAAGAAGGCGGAGAAAAUCAUUUACGGGCUGGUUAUUAUAACAUGCUGGUGCAUAUGGAAAAGCAGAAACCAUACAGUUUUUAAUCAGAUGAAAUGUAGUCCGGUUGACAUCAUUGGGGAGAUAAAAUCUAGAGGUUUUGCAUGGGUUAAGAAUAGAAAUUCCUAUAAUUAUAUUACAUGGGUGGAUUGGUGUAAAUACCCUUUAUACAUGUUGUAA